AUGACUAAAGAAACAAUUAGAGUGGUGAUAUGCGGUGACGAAGGCGUUGGUAAAUCAAGUCUAAUUGUUUCCUUAACGAAAGCUGAAUUCAUACCCAUUAUACAAGACGUUUUACCACCAAUUACUAUCCCAAGAGACUUUUCGUCAUCACCUUCAUAUUCCCCAAAGAAUACAGUACUUAUAGACACUACAGAUUCGGACCUCAUGGUUUUGGACCAUGAAUUGAAAUCUGCCGAUGUCAUUUGGCUUGUUUAUUGCGAUCACGAAUCAUACGAGCAUGUUUCCCUUUUUUGGUUACCUCAUUUCAGAUCUUUGGGACUAAAUAUCCCAGUCAUUCUUUGCAAAAACAAGUGUGACUCUAUAUCGAGUGCCAAUGCGAAUGCAAUGAUGGCAUCAGCGGAUAUUGAUACCAAGGUAGAGGACGAAGAGUUUAUUCCAAUUUUAAUGGAAUUUAAGGAAAUCGACACCUGUAUCAAAACAAGCGCCAAGACUCAAUUUGAUCUCAAUCAAGCGUUCUACCUUUGUCAAAGGGCUAUAACUCACCCAAUUUCUCCCCUGUUUGAUGCGAUGGUGGGAGAAUUGAAGCCAUUGGCCGUCAUGGCUUUGAAAAGAAUUUUCCUUUUGAGUGAUUUGAACCAAGACUCAUAUUUGGAUGAUAACGAGGUAUUAGGCCUACAAAAAAAAUGCUUUAACAAGAGUAUCGAUGUAAAUGAGCUGAACUUCAUUAAGGAUUUGCUACUCGAUAUUUCUAAAGAUAAUCAAGAGUACGCUAAUCGAAAGCUAUACGUACCAGGAAAAGGUAUCACCAAGGAUGGAUUUCUUGUACUAAACAAAAUAUAUGCCGAAAGAGGAAGACAUGAGACUACGUGGGCCAUAUUAAGGACCUUUCAUUAUACAGAUUCCCUUUGUAUUAAUGAUAAAAUUCUUCAUCCGAGAUUGUUUGUGCCUGAAACUUCUAGUGUGGAGUUGAGCCCCAAAGGUUACAGAUUUCUUGUGGAUAUUUUCUUGAAAUUUGAUGCCGAUAAUGAUGGUGGUUUGAAUAAUCAAGAAUUGCACCAUAUCUUCAAGUGUACACCGGGAUUACCAAAAUCAUGGACCUUGACAAACUUCCCCUUCUCUACGGUAGUAAACAACAAGAGCUGCAUUACUUUACAAGGUUGGCUAGCACAAUGGAGUAUGACGACGUUCCUGAACUAUAACACGACUACAGAAUACUUAGUAUAUUUUGGCUUUCAGGAAGAUGCAAAGCUGGCUGUACAAGUAACCAAGCAAAGAAAAAUGAGGCGUCGUUCCGGGAAGCUGUAUAGAUCGAGUGUUAACGACAGGAAAGUCUUUAACUGCUUUGUCAUCGGGAAGCCAUGCUGUGGGAAAAGUUCUUUAUUGGAGGCUUUUUUGGGCAGAUCGUUCUCAGAGUUGUAUUCUCCAACGAUCAAGCCAAGGAUUGCUGUCAACAGUUUGGAACUAAAAGGUGGCAAACAGUACUAUCUAAUUUUGCAAGAAUUGGGCGAACAAGAAUACGCCAUACUAGAGAAUAAAGAAAAAUUAAAGGAGUGUGAUGUGAUCUGUCUAACGUACGAUUCGAGCGAUCCGGAGUCGUUCUCCUAUUUGGUUUCGCUCCUGGACAAAUUCACCCACCUACAAGAUCUACCAUUGGUAUUUGUGGCCUCCAAGGCAGACCUAGAUAAACAGCAACAAAGAUGUCACAUGCAACCCGAUGAACUAGCAGAUGAGCUUUUCGUGAACCACCCAUUGCACAUAUCAUCGAGGUGGUUAAGUUCACUAAAUGAGCUGUUCAUCAGAAUCACGGAAGCUGCACUGGAUCCUGGUAAAAACACCCCAGGGUUGCCAGAAGAAGCCACGACAAAGGACGCAGACUACAGACAAACAGCUCUCAUCUUAGGGUCUACCGUCGGUUUUGUGGCUCUCUGCUCUUUCACGCUGAUGAAACUCUUCAAGCCCUCGAGCUUUCACAAAUAA